AUGGCUUUCGGAGAAAAGGCAAACCUUGUUGCAAGUGGCACAAUAGUUGAGAUUGAUGUGCCAAACCAGCUGGUUCAUAAUGUUCCUUUGGGAGAGGGGAACAUAAGAGUAGCUGUGAAUUGUGCACUAAAGGGAGAUUCUCCACUACCAAUCCCUGUGAAAAGAGUGUUAGAAACAGUUGGGGAUGCCAUUGGAUCGCAAGUAGCUUGGCCUCAAGAUCUUAUUGUCUUAGUGAUAAAGCGGUAA